ACGGUAUUUGUCGGCAACUUCCGGCAAUAAACGCCAGGCUGAAUGGCUGCAAGUUGUGAAAACAAAACUGAUUCAGUAGAAUGAAGAUGUAUAUAAAAGAGGAGAAUUUACAUCUUUGGCCCAAAAGUAAACGUCGCCAAUGUAAGGUAUUACACGAUUUUUUCCAAUAAUUCUGCAGCUGUGUGAAUAUACAUUUAUUAUCAUUUUAUCUGGGAUUUUACUCGGUUCGGUCCGAUCUUUUCCUCUGCUAUUCGAAGUCCGACAUCUACAUGUGUCUUGUGGCUGCUACUUUGAUAAUCCAUGGAUUUAUUUAGUUUACACUGUUUUACCAAAAUCUCGGAUUUUUUUCUAAUUCACUCAACGGAACUUAUAUUGUGAACGGUUAAUCUGCCGAUUGAUAUCACCUGAUGAAUCUUUCUAUUUUUGUCUGUCAAUUUUUGUAAUGCAUAUUUCUUACCUUGUCUAUUUCCAUCCUAUAUCUAUCUAAUUUAUCUCUAUCCUUUCCUUCUUUUUCUGUUAAAUUCAUUACAAGCCUGAAAAUAGUCUUCAGACAGUUGGAUUCCGACAAUGACAAACUGCGUCAUGGAGUCGUGACGCAAUAAUUUAAAUAUCGGAACAUUUUGUUUUAAAAUUCAACAAAGAUAUGGGAAAUCUAUUUUAGUGCAAAAAAAAAAGAGAAGGAAAAAGUCUUUUUCUUUGCAAAGAAUUCCUUUUCUUUUCAUUUCCUGAAGUGAACACUUUUGUUAUUGAAAAAAUAAUAUUUCUUUUUUGUGUGGGAGAUCUAUUUAAUUAUUUCUGAAAAUGCCGGCUGCGAAUAUUGUAGUUAAUGAAACAGACGUACUCCGUCUUGUGACGGAAUUUCUUCAGAAUCGCGAACUGAACAUUUCAAUGAUGUCUCUCGAACGAGAGACAGGAGUCAUUAAUGGACUUUUUUCAGACGACAUGCUCUUCCUGCGUCAAUUGAUACUCGAUGGUCAGUGGGACGAUGUGAUGGACUUCGUUCAGCCGUUGGGCAGUGUUGAUGAUUUUGACACGAAACGUUUUGAGUAUAUUAUUAUGAAACACAAAUAUCUGGAAUUAUUGUGUAUCAAAUCUGAGCCUAGUAUUAUGGCCAAUUACGACUUUACAGUCGACGAAGUGGUCAAAUGUCUCAACUCGCUUGAGUCGCUCUGCCCGACCAAAGAAGAAUAUAGCAACCUCUGUCUUUUACUGACCUUACCUCGUUUGGCUAGUCAUAUCGAUUACCAAAACUGGAACCCGAGUAAUGCCCGUGCCCAGUGCUUCAAGACAGUUUAUCCGUUGGUUGAACACUUGCUACCAUUCGAACGUAAAAACGACCAGAACAAUCUGGUGGCCAAAAACGACCGUUUGUUACAAUUACUCCUGAAAGGUUUGCUCUAUGAAUCUUGUGUAGAUUAUUGUCAAUCAAAAGCAACCAGCAACGGAGAUGAAAUGGAAUUGAAAUUUGCAUCUCUAUUGAACGAUACUGGUCUCAGCGAUGCUGAUUUGAGCCUCCUCUCCUGGUUGCAAAGUAUUCCGACGGACACAUUUUCUUGCCCUUUUGAACAGAAGACUAUGAAUGUCGACAUUCGGCCAAUGACAAAACCAUCUCUGGAAGCGUCUUGGUCGGAACAGAUUCUUGUCACCCCUAUCAAACCUCGCAUGUUCCCGCACUCGCAUGUACCCACCACUCGUCCGAGGGGAGGCGCUGACAUGAUGACCCGCUCACUAAAUCCACAGUUCGACGGCCUGUCUAGCGGCUUAUGGCAAGGACGUCGAGACUCGGGUGAUGGACUUAGCCCUAUGUCGCGCUCCAUGACCCCUGCAGCCAGGCUAUUCAAUAUGAAAAAGAAUCCUAUGCAAAUGUCGAUGGACAAGCUGUUCGAAGAAAGCGAGGUCAUCAACACCCAAAGCUCAAUUUCCGACGAUUCGCGCUCAUUUCGUUCGUCAUCUUCAGUGACAUCGUCGCCGUUACGCACUCCGAAGAACGUCAAGCCAGGUACCUCUGGUACACCACCUCGUUCUUUCUCACCCGUAAACAAUAAUCUCACUGCUUCAGUAACAGAUUCCCCCAAACACCUCAAAUUGAACACCACCGCCUCUUCCACGCCAGGGCCUGCUGGGUCCACCAACACGGAGUUGUUUAAGGAGUAUCAACGUCAAAAACAGCGCCUGCAAGAACAGCUAGAGAUUCAAGAACAACAGAAGGAACUCUACCAGAAAGAACUCAAUGAGCUCGAAAAGAAGCAGACCAUGUUGAGCGAUAACAGGAUCAAGGAGGAAGUACGUUACUCGCAACAAUCAUUCAGUUCACCCGAAACUUCGACUCGGUCUUUACAAGGGACUCCAGGUAAACAUCUUGGUAGAGUUGGAUCCUGUCUUAGAGAUCCGAUCACGAGUACACCUAUUAAUGGGGAGAGGCCACACAGUCCCUCCCCAAAUACACCUGUGUUACCUAACACUUUGCCCAAGACCAAGCCUGUGGGCAUGGUCAAAUGUGUUGACCACAAUGUUACCAAAGAUUCAAGUGACACUCCUGCUAAGGCUGGUGAGGCAAGUCCCUCUCUUCAACGACAGCACAGCUUGCAUGGGGUCCCUGCAAAGUCUGUUCAAAACAAAUCCUCUGCUCAGAAGCCGCUUGGUCCCGUCAAGGGAAUCACUCGGAGUGCGAGUGUUCAAGGGACGCCGUCAGAAAGUAGUGGUGUGGAAAAGACCUCAGCUCCCAGCAAAGUUAAUAAACCUAAGACAUCCAUCUCAAAAUCAACAUCAGUGAAAGAAUCCCAAUCUCCAAACUUGGUUGAUGAUGUACCAUAUUCCGGUGGACCCACCUCUAACCAAACAAAUUUGACACCAGCAAAGCCUGCUGAAAGUUCACCAACCAGAAUCAUUUCAAAUGUGUGGCCUGGAACCUGUGCCAGUCAGCCUGACGACUACGCCCACCAGAAAGCGGCUAUUGGAUGGCAGGAUUUCAUUUUUGACAAGAUGAGACAAAUGGACUACCCUACCUUUCACAAGAGACAGGUUCCUUCAGAUAAUAAGCUCCAUUAUGUACCUGUUACACUUCUCGAAGAUGUCCAAGCUGUGAGAGCAGUGGCUUUUCAUCCAUCAGGAUUGUUUUAUGCUGUUGGAUCAAACUCAAAAGUUUUACGGAUUUGUUCAUUCCCAGAUAUUCAAGAUAUUCAGCAAAGUCACAUUACCCAACCAGCAAAUGUGGCUUUUAAACGAACAAAACAUCAUAAAGGGUCUAUUUACUGUGUUGCCUGGAAUUAUCAAGGCAAUGUUAUAGCAACUGGUUCAAAUGACAAAUCUGUGAAGUUAACAGCAUUUAAUUUUGACUCUUGUACUGCUGAAGGUCCUGAAAUUGAGUUAAACCACCAUGAUGGCACUAUUAGGGAUGUGCUGUUCAUGGAAGAAUCCCCAAGUCAUUCCUCUAUACUGAUCAGUGGUGGUGCCGGGGAUUGUUCCAUAGGUGUAACUGAUUGUGAUCGUGGACAGUUAGUGCGUAAACUCACUGGACAUUCUGGUCAUAUAUAUUCCUUAUGUCAGUUAAGUGGACAUAUGUUCGUGAGUGGCUCUCAAGACAAAACAGCAAGAUUCUGGGAUCUACGAGCUUCUACUGCAAUCACGUGUGUACCUAGUAUAGAACCAGGAAGUCCUUUUGCAUCAGUUUGUGUUGAUCCUUCUGGUCGACUGCUAUCUUCAGGUCAUGAAGACUCUACUGUGAUGCUUUAUGACAUCCGUGGAGGUCGUAUCAUCCAAAGUUUCAAACCUCACCAAAGUGAGUGCCGCACUGUUAGAUUUUCGAUGAAUGCUUACUACUUAUUGUCUGGCUCGUAUGACCAACGGAUAGCCCUGACAGAUCUUCACGGUGACCUGUUACGACCGCUGCCCAGUGUAAUUGUGGCUGAACACAAAGACAAAGUGAUUCAGUGUCGCUGGCAUCCUUCCAAGCUGGCAUUUGUGAGUUCUAGUGCUGACCGAACUGUUGUCUGCUGGGCAUUGCCAUUGCCUUGAAUUAAGUACAACUGGCAUUUGAACUUUCGGAAUGCAGAGAUUGUUGGUCAUCAUGGCUGUUGGUACAAAAAAGGGUGAGGAAGGGGCUGCUAAAUAUACAGACUUUAAAUAAACAAGCUACAGCAUGGCCAAAUCCUGUUCAACCUAAUCAUGUCAUUAUUUAACAGAUUACACAUGAAUAUAUGCACGUACACUCACUCACACACACACACACACACAGACACACACACAAAUGUAUAUGCACACAUACGUAUAUGUUAUGUGAGUGGUUGCCAUGUGACUUGUAAAAGUUCCAGUUUUGCCACAACUGACAAACAACCAUUUGUCCAAGAAUACAUUGCCUGAUGAAAUAACUCCCUGGAUGGUCUGUUACUCAGCAGGCAUGUGUUAUUCUUGGCUGGGAUUGUUUGUGGGAGGGGUUUUCAGAGGAUGCUGGGUGAAGGGAGAUUAACAUUGAAAGCAAUUUGGAUAUUGGUGGUGCUGACAAUUACUUCACCUUGCCAUUCCUACUUCAAUCAUUGCAUGUGUGUGUUUUCGUUUGCUUUACAUACAUAUAAAUAUGUACAUGUGCACACACAUACAUAAACACAUUGUCUCAAAAAGCAAGUGCCUGCAUGCCCUCCCACACAUACAUAUAGAAGGCAGAUGUUAAACGGUGAUGAUGAAAUGCAUCAAAAGCAUGCAGGCAUUCAUGUAUCUAAAGAAACAUACACACGCACAUGUGUAUAUAUAUAUAUAUAUAUAUAUAAAUACACACACACACUCACUCACAAAUACAUAUAUACAUGUAUGUAUACAAGCAUACAUUAAUUCAAACAGGUCUGUGUAUGUGUUUGCAUGCAACCCUCCAUACUUCCUAUUGCCUUCCUUAGCCAAACAGUGUUUACCUUUUCCUGUCUCAGCUUUUCCAGGAAUCAUCCUGACACAUAAAUGUAUUUCUGUGCUUAGUGUGUCCUCUCGAGGUGUUUUACAAAUUUCCGUGUGUUACACAGCUAGACGCAGGUAGAGGUUUGUUUGUUUGUUUGUCAUCCAAACAACAACAAAAAGAAAUCAAAGUAAUUUUGAAUAAAUGCAAAGUAGUUUUUUUUUUUUUAAACUUAAGACGAACUCCCAUCUUAACCACUGCAAUUCCCCACCUCCAUACCUCCUUUUUAAUUCCUAUAUUUUUAUUAAAUUAAAUUUUUUUUUUUUUUUAUAUAUGUAUAUAUAAAUUUUUCUCUCCCGCCCCACCUUUUUCUCCCUGACUCACGCUAUGCGUUUUUGGUCGUGUGUAUGCAUUAGUGCACACACACGCACGCACGUGUGUGUGUGUGUUGUGUACUUAUUUGAAACCUGAGAUUUGUACUCUGUUGCUGCUCCAAAUUUCUCAUUACUAUCGUGUUUCUCAAGCUCACCAUCGGAAAUAUGGCAAAAAUAUUGACUUCAGAUAAAGGAAUAGAUUCUACAUAAUGUACUGAGUACUUUUUCUUUCAUUUAUACACCUAAAUGCACACACACACACACCACACACACACACACCACACACACACACACACAAACAAACAAAAACAAAAGUGGUUUGGCAUUUCAAUAUCAAGUAAAUCCAAUUGAAAAAUUAUUGUUUUGAGACAUUUCCUGUGAAUAUCAUUUACCUCUAUUUAUUAUUUUUAUUUUUUGUAAUUAAAUUAUUAUUCAUACGUUUAAAAUA